CAUUCUCCAUGGAGAGAAAAAGUAAGUUAUACUGACGCUCCGAGAGGGAAACGCUCUUCUCAGAUGGAGAUCCUUGCUCAUGGCAACAACCUGUGCACCCCGCGGGCUGGAACUCUCACGAAUCCACUAGGCUCCGCUCCCUUAGGGGUCAGCCCCCAUAGUAUGCUGGAAUCAACCUGAACGGAUCACAGCUCAAGGCUUCUGAGGCUUUUUCUGUUCAGGACUGUAUUUCCCAGCGGCCACUGCGCCAGUCCACUUCCGGUCUCCGGGGUCAACGACAUAGUGGGUCGUAUUAUCCAAAAGAAGGACCUGGAGGAGGAUGAGAGCGUUACUGCUGCACACCUAAAGUCAAGGAUAUAAUUGUAUGUAUUUAUCAUGUGCAACAUGAAGUUUUAUGGUAUGUAUACAUUGUGGAAUGACUAAAUCUAGCUAAUUAACAAUGCAUUACCUCACAUAGUUAUCAUUUUUGUGGUGAGAACACUUAAUAUCCACCCUCCUAGCAUUUUUCAAGACUACAGAAUAUUGUUAUUAAUUGUAGAUACCAUGUUGUGUAAUAGAUCUCCUGAACUUAUUUCUCUUAUCUUCCUGAAAUUUUGUAUCCUUUGACCAACAUUUCCCCAGUCAACACUGCCCUCCUUCCUCCCUCACUCACAUUACCCCAGAUCUGUAAAUACGAUUCUACUCUCCACUUCUAUGAUACCAACUUUUUUAGAUUCGGCUGAAGAGUGAGAUCAUGUGUCUUUCUGUGCUUGGCUUACUUCACUUAAUAUGAUGUUCUCCAGGUUCAUCCAUGUUUUUGCAAAUGACAGAAUUUCCCGCUUUUUAUGGCUAAAUAGUAUUCCCUUGUGUAAAUAUACCUGCAUAUAUACCACAUUUUCUUUAUCCAUUUAUUCACUGUUAGACACGUAGGUUGAUGCCAUAUCUUGGCUAUUGUGAAUAGUGCUGCAAUAAACAUGGGUAUGCUGAUAUCUCUUUGACAUACGGAUUUCAUUUCCUUUGGAGAUAUAUUCCCAGUAGUGGGAUGGCUGGAUCAUAUGGUAGUUCUAUUUCUAAUUUUUUGAGGAACCUCCAUACUGUUUUCCAUAAUGGCUGUGCCCAUUUACAUUCUCAUCCACAGCGUGUAAGCGUUCCCUUUUCUUGCCAAUACUUGUUAACAUUCGUCUUUCCAGUAGCCACCCUAACAGGUAUGAGCUAAUAUCUUAUUGCGGGUUUAAUUUUCAUUUCCCUUAUGAUUAGUGAUGUUGAGUAUUUUUUCAUAAACUGUUGGCCAUUUAUAUGUCUUCUUUUGGGAUGUGCCUGUUCAGGUCCUUUGCCCAUCUUUUAAUCAGGUUUUUUUUUUGCUGUUGAGUUGUUUGACUUCUGCAUACGUUUUGGAUCUUAAUCUCUUAUCAUAUAUAUGGUUGCAAAUAUUUUCUUUCAUUCUACAAGAUGUCUCUUCACUUUGUUGAUUGUUUCCUUUUCUGUGCAGAAGCUUUUUAGCUUGACAUAAUUUCAUUCGUUCAUUUUUGCUUUUGUUACCUGUGCUUUUGAGGUCAUAUCCCAAAAAAAAUCAUUGCUCAGAUCAGUUUCACAGAGCUUUCCCCCUAUGUUUUCUUCUGUUUGUUUCACAGUUUAGGAUCUUACAUUUAAGUCUUUAAUCUGUUUAGAGUUGAUUUUUGUAUAAUGGUUUGAUAUAAGGGUCUAAUUUCAUUUUUCUGCAUAUGGAUACCUACUUUUCACAACAGUAUUUUUUGAAGAGUCUCUCUUUUCCCCAUUGUAUGUUCUUGGUACCCUCCUCCAAACUCGGUUGGUUAUAAAUAUAUGGAUUUAUUCUGGGCCUCUCUAUUCUGUUUCUUUGGUCUAUGUGUCUGUUUUUAUGUCAGUACCCUGCUGUUUUGGUUACUAUAGCUUUGUAGUAUAUCUUGAAGUCAGAUAGUUUGAUGUGUCCAACUUUGUUCCUUUUGCUCAAGAUUGCUUUGGCUAUUUGGGUCUUUUGUGGUUCUAUACAAAUUUUAGCAUUUUUUGUUUUUUUCCUAUUUCUGUAAGGAAUGCAGGACAGAAAUUCUUAACCUGAGUUCCUGUGACUCCAUUUAUGGUCUCAGGGACCAAAAGCUCUUGAAAUAAAAUAUUGAAGUAUUAUAGAAAUUUAUAAAUGUGGGUUUUAGGGGGAGAAAUAGUGUAUCAUUUCAUAAGAUUAUCAAAAAAUUUAUGUGACCCAUGAGGUUUGGAUCCAUUGAUCUAGGUAGAACAUUGGUUCUCAGCUGGGGUGAUGUUUAGAAACUUUUGAUUGUCAUGCUGUCAGGGAGGGUGCUACUUAGAUCUAAUGGAUAGAGGUCAGGAAUGCUGCUAAACAUUGUGUUAUGCACAGGACAGCUCUCCCCACUCUCCCAACUAGAAUGAUCCAGCACAAUAUGUCAGUAGUGCCUAGGGUGAGAAACUGUAGUCUAGAAUCAAAAGAUUGUGAUAUCUGGAAUGACAUUGUAAAUGAUCUUGUAUAAACUAAAUGUCCUAUAAUACAGAAAUCAUUAAGCUAAUCAUACUAGACUCAAGUGAUAGAGUAUUAUGCAGGUAAUAAAAUGAUGUCUAUAAGGAAUUAUGAAAAGAAAAAUAUUUGAUAUAUCAUUAAGCAAUAUUCAUGCUAUGAACAAUAAUACUCAAGAAAAUGUUACAUGGGGCAGGGCGCGGUGGCUCACACCUGAAAUCCCAGCACUUUAGGAAGCUGAGACAGGCAGAUCAUUUGAGGUCAGGAGUUUGAGACCAGCCUUGCCAAUGUGGUGAAACCUUGUCUCUACUAAAAAUACAAAAACUAGCCGGGAGUGGUGGCAGGCACCUGUAAUCCCAGCUACUCAGGAGGCUGAGGCAGGAGAAUUGUUUGAACCUGGGAGGCUGAGGUUGCAGUGAGCCGAGAUCAGGCCACAGCACUCCAGCCUGGGUGACAGAGUGAGACUCCACCCCUGCCCCCCAAAAAGAAAUUGUUAUGUUGUAUAUGAAUCCCAUAUACUAAGAUAGGGGUUUUUAUAAGAAUUCUAUAAGAAUUCUAUCUAAGGGCAUUCUAUAAGAAUUAUAUCUAAAAUAAUAUUUUAAUUGGUUAUUUGGUGAAGAAGGGAACCAAGCAUGGUGGUGUAUAUUCCACAAAUUUUCUCACAUAGUUUGCAAAUGCCACUUAUCUGCAUUGUGUUCAUUCAAAGAAGAAUCUUGAUAAUGAGAAUAUCUAAUUAUAUUGGUGAGAUACAGCUAAAGGAUAUUAGAACUAGCUGAUGUUAUUUGUUAUAGUCACUUUAACCUCUUUUGUUGAAUCUCAUGACAGGCUCAGGUUUUUUUCCUGAUAACUCUGUUUUUAUUUUUUACUUCAAAAGCAGAAAUAGACUAUCAUUAAUGCAUACAAGACAUUGGUUGGGGACUUGUAGACAAUUUUUUCUAGAGAUUGCUCCAACAUACAUAGAAAAACAUAGACAUCUUAGUGUUGGUCAAGAAUUGGAAAAUAAAGGAAACAAACUUGUUAAGUAAAAACAACAGCUCAUUAGAGUAUCCUGAUUUUUCCCCCCAAGUUCAAAGGGAGAUAUCUAAAUAAAAAGUGUCUUUCAUCUAAUUUGGAGAAGUUUCCUCAUAGGAAAGAAAUGUGUAUGUACAUUUAUAUAUGUCCAUAUAUAGAGAUGCAUACACACACACACACAUAUAUAUAAAUAUAUAUAUAUAUACACACACAUAUGUGUGUGCGUGUGUGUGUGUGUGAAUAUAACUAUAUAUAUUCCAAGUUAAUGCGUGGAUGUAGUUACAAUUUUUUUUUUUUAUGUGGAGGCUCGCUCUGUUGCCAGGCUGGAGUGCAGUGGCGUGAUCUCAGCUUACUGCAACCUCCACCUCCUGGGUUCAAGCAAUUCUCGUGCCUCAGCCUCCCGAGUAGCUGGGAUUAUAGGCAUGCGCCACCACACCUAGCUAAUUUUUGUAUUUUUAGUAGAGACGAGGUAUCACCAUGUUGGCCAGGUUGGUCUCGAUCUCCUGACCUCGUGAUCUGCCUGCCUCGGCCUCCCAAAGUGCUGGGAUUACAGGUGUGAGCCACUGUGCCCGGCCAUGAAGUGCUCUUAGCAAAAAGAAGAAAAUUGGAGCUACAAUACACAGAGGAGAACUCUUAAGAUAUAUAUAAUUUUCUAAAUUUUUUUCUAUUAAUGUCUGUUAGUAUUUUUAUUAGUAUUUCUAUAUACAUAUAUUUUACAAAUGUAAUCAUAUUAUCUAUCCUGUUUUGUAACCUGAUUUUUUCUGUUAAUCAUAUAUCUUGAACGUUUAAUAUUUACUUUGUAUUCUGUUAAGUGGAUGUUCUGAACUGUAUUAACCAACUGGCUUUUGCUGAACUCAGAAUGCUGAACACGGCCGGUGCAAUUCGGUGCAAACACUGCUGGUGCAAAUAUCCUUUCCAGUUCUCAUGCCUUCCCCCACUGCACCCAAUCCUGAUUUCACAAAGAGGUUCUGGUUUGGAUGAUGCGAUCCCUUCUCAGCUCUGAAAGGUGGGACUGGGGGAGGAGGAUCUGCUAAGGGCAGGAUCAGAGGUCCAGUCCUAGGCCAAGAUAGGUAUCCCAAGAAUGGAGGACUGGCUGGAAGCCACAACUUCAAGGCAGAAAUGCCUGUGCUCGGCAUUCAUGCUUCUGCCGCAGGUUCCCUGGGAUGCAGGCGAGAGCUUGGUUUCAUCCCUACUCCACCCGUUCACUGCCAGCUAUUUGUGAGAGAGUGUGUGUGGGGGCAAGGGGAGUGAUGGGAGAAGGGUGGAAGUGUGCGUGUUAGCAGGAGUAGUUGAGAAAUAGGAACGGAGGAUAAAAUAGUUAUUUGCUUUUGAGACACAGCUUUAAUUGUGGCCUUUUUGUUGUUGUUGUUUUCCAGGGGAGAAGCCCGAGGAAGAUUGACCAGUUUUGUAAUUCUAGCAACAUGGUCCAUGGAUCAGUGACAUUCAGGGAUGUGGCCAUUGACUUCUCUCAGGAGGAGUGGGAGUGCCUGCAGCCUGAUCAGAGGACCUUGUACAGGGAUGUGAUGUUGGAGAACUACAGCCACCUGAUCUCACUGGCAGGAAGUUCCAUUUCUAAACCAGGUGUGAUUACGUUACUAGAGCAAGAGAAAGAGCCCUGGAUGGUUGUAACGAAAGAAACAAGCAGAUGGUAUCCAGAUUUGGAGUCAAAAUAUGGACCUGAGAAAGUAUCUCCAGAAAAUGAUACCUCUGAAGUAAAUUUACCCAAACAUGUUAUAAAGCAAAUAAGUACAACUCUUGGCGUUGAGGCCUUUUAUUUUAGAAAUGACUCAGAAUAUAGACGAUUUGAGGGACUACAGGGAUAUCAAGAAGGAAAUAUCAAUCAAAAGAUGAUCAGCUAUGAAAAACUGCCUACUUAUACUCCUCAUGCUUCUCUUAUUUGCAAUACACAUAAACCGUAUGAAUGUAAGGAAUGUGGGAAAUACUUUAGUCGUAGUGCAAAUCUUAUUCAGCAUCAGAGUAUUCAUACUGGAGAGAAACCCUUUGAAUGUAAGGAGUGUGGGAAAGCCUUUCGACUUCACAUACAAUUUACUCGACAUCAGAAAUUUCAUACUGGUGAGAAACCUUUUGAAUGUAACGAAUGUGGAAGGGCCUUUAGUCUUCUUACCCUGCUUAAUCGCCAUAAGAACAUUCACACAGGUGAGAAACUGUUUGAAUGUAAGGAAUGUGGGAAGUCCUUUAAUCGUAGUUCAAACCUUGUUCAACAUCAGAGUAUUCAUUCUGGUGUAAAACCAUAUGAAUGUAAGGAGUGUGGGAAAGGCUUUAAUCGUGGUGCACACCUUAUUCAGCAUCAGAAAAUUCAUUCCAAUGAGAAACCCUUUGUAUGUAAGGAAUGUGGGAUGGCCUUUCGAUAUCAUUACCAACUUAUUGAACAUUGCCAAAUUCAUACUGGUGAGAAACCCUUUGAAUGUAAAGAAUGUGGAAAGGCAUUUACUCUUCUGACAAAGCUUGUUCGACAUCAGAAGAUUCAUACUGGUGAGAAACCCUUUGAAUGCAGGGAAUGCGGGAAGGCCUUUAGUCUUCUCAACCAGCUUAAUCGCCAUAAGAACAUUCACACAGGUGAAAAACCGUUUGAAUGUAAGGAAUGUGGGAAGUCCUUUAAUCGUAGCUCAAACCUUGUUCAACAUCAGAGUAUUCAUGCUGGUAUAAAACCAUAUGAAUGUAAGGAGUGUGGGAAAGGCUUUAAUCGUGGUGCGCACCUUAUUCAGCAUCAGAAAAUUCAUUCCAAUGAAAAACCUUUUGUAUGUAGGGAAUGUGAGAUGGCCUUUAGAUAUCAUUGCCAACUUAUUGAACAUUCUCGAAUUCAUACUGGUGACAAGCCAUUUGAAUGUCAAGACUGUGGGAAGGCCUUCAAUCGUGGCUCAAGCCUUGUUCAACAUCAGAGUAUUCACACUGGUGAGAAGCCCUAUGAAUGUAAGGAGUGUGGGAAGGCUUUUAGACUUUACCUACAACUUUCCCAACAUCAGAAAACUCACACAGGUGAGAAACCAUUUGAAUGUAAGGAAUGUGGGAAAUUCUUUCGUCGUGGUUCAAAUCUUAAUCAACAUCGAAGUAUUCAUACUGGAAAGAAACCCUUUGAAUGUAAGGAAUGUGGGAAAGCCUUUCGACUUCAUAUGCACCUUAUUCGACAUCAGAAAUUGCAUACUGGUGAGAAACCCUUUGAAUGUAAGGAGUGUGGGAAAGCCUUUCGACUUCAUAUGCAACUUAUUCGACAUCAGAAAUUGCAUACUGGUGAGAAACCCUUUGAAUGUAAGGAAUGUGGAAAGGUUUUUAGUCUUCCCACCCAGCUUAAUCGCCAUAAGAACAUUCACACAGGUGAGAAGCCAUCUUGAAUGUAAGGAAUGUGGAAAGUCCUUUAAUCGUGUCUCAAACCAUGUUCAACAUCAGAGUAUUCGUGCUGGUGUAAAACCAUGUGAAUGUAAGGGGUGUGGGAAAGGCUUCAUUCGUGGUUCAAACGUUAUUCAGCAUCAGAAAAUUCAUUCCAGUGAGAAACUUUUUGUAUGCAAGGAGUGGAGGAAGACCUUUAGAUAUCAUUACCAACUUAUUUAACAUUACCAAAUUCACACUGGUAAAAAAACCCUUUGAAUGUAAAGAAUGUGGAAAGGCCUUCAGUUUUCUGACACAGCUUGCUGGACUUCAGGUCAUUCAUACUGGCGAGAAGCCAUUUGAAUUUGAGAAAUGUGGGAAGGCCUUCAAUAGUGGCUCAAACCUUGUUCAACAUCAGAGUAUUCAUACUGGUGAGAAACUCUAUGAAUGUAAGGAGUGUGGGAAAACUUUCAGAUUUAGUUUGGUCCUGACUGCACAUCAAAGAAUUCAUACUGGUAUGAAACCCUGUGAAUGUACAGAAUGUGGGAAGACCUUUAGUUGUAGCUCAAACAUUGUUCAACAUGUUAAAAUUCAUACUGGUGAGAAACCCUAUAAUGUAAGGAAUAUGGGAAAGCAUUUACUGUGGAUGAUCAGCUGUCUCAACUUCAGAAAAUUCAGAAUAGUUAGAAAUUUUGUGACCAUAAGGAGUGUGGACAAGCCUUCACUGUGUACGAAAAAUUUACUCAACACCAGAGAGCUCAUAUUGAUGAGAAAUCUUGUGAACAUAAAAGAAUGUGUGAAGAACUUUCAUCAUAGCCUGGGAUUUGCUCAACUUCUGAGUAUUCAUACUUCUGAGAAAUCUUUGAGUGUAAGGAAUGUGGGGCGUUUUAUAGCCACACUAAAUACCUUAGAGUUCGGAGAAGAUAAUUCUUGUGAGAAAGUCUUUGAAUGAGGAAUAUAGGGUAGUUGUCAUGUUCACAAUAUACUCCCUAUGAAAUAAUUUACCAGAUACAGGCAUACCUCGCUGAACUGUGCAUUGCAGUUAUUGUGUUUUAUACAAACUGAAGGUUUGUGGCAACCCUGUGGUGAGCAAGACGAUCAGGUCCAUUUUCCCAACGUCAGGUGUGCAUUUCAUGUCUUUACGUCACAUUUUGGUAAUUCUCAGAAUAUUUCAAACUAUUUCAUUGUUAUAUAUCUAUCAUGGUGAUCAAUGACCAGUGAUUUUUGAUGUUGCUAUUGUAAUUGCUUUGGGAUACCACAAAUUCUGCCCAUAAAAGAUGGUAAACCUA